AUGGAUGUGUUAUACAAAGUUAGAAAUCGUAUUGUAAGUUUUUUUACAUGACUGUUAAAAAGCAGCCAAUUGUUUUUUUUGUUUUAAUAUUUUUCACAAUAUUUCUUUCAAAAGCCAAAGUAUUUCAACUAAAAUGGCAAGAAACAGUUAAAAACCCAAUAAGUUCUAAUAACUUUAGGUAUUUGGUCGUGUAUUGAAACAUGUAACAGACGUAGAAGAUCUCUGUAGUUUUGCACAAACAACCAGUUACUUUUACAAAAUAACAAACAUGGACUUUAAGAAAUUGUGUUACAAAAACGUCAUUUUUCGAAUGAAAGGCGAAACUUGGGCUACAGCUUUUUCUAAGUAAGUCGGUACCACAGCAAAUGUUGAUUUACCACAGUAACUAUCAAGAUAAUUUACUGUCGAGUCUGAGUACAGUCCUGGCCGGCCACAUGUAUAUUAAUUUUAAAAUAAGUAUUAUAUCAGAUUACCGUACCGUAUAAUUAAUGCUGGUGUUUUAACAAACAAUAAAAGGAAAAUUGCCAAAAACUCAAUUUGUUGUCUUCAUACUGGUAAUAUUGCACUGAUUUUAGACUGCAAAGUAGUUUUGUUGACCAACCUAGACUUUAG